UGGCCUUUUGGUUGAGGUUUGUUGCUCAAGUUGGUAUAACUUGAGAAGCAAGCGGUCUGCAACAUUCAUCUCUUGAGGGGGUUUCUAACUCGGUGUUAUGAUGUGUUUGACCCUAAAUUAAUUUUACACCAGGAUACCCCUUUAUGGUUAAAAAAUAUAUCAUAUGGGCAUCAGGGGCCAAAGGGAUGAGCUUCAAAGUUAGUUAGCUGUAUUCAGACAAACUGGCUAAGACAAAAUGAUGUUAACACUUAACGUUUAAUGCUUGUCAUAGUUGUGCAAAGUUUACAGAUAAAUAGCUGCAACCUUUGGCUUUAGAUAAAAUGGAUGAGCAGAGCUGCAGAUCAAGGUAACCUAAAUACAAACAUGUGAAUGAGAAGUUAAACUAUUGUGCAGCUAAAGUCCAAACUGAGCUGCUUUUUUAUUGCACAAGGCAACUCCUCAUCUCCCAAUGACCACCGCCUGCUCAAACAUGACUUCAGCUCAGGGCUCUGUUAAGUGUAACAUCUCUAACUGCUGAGUAAGGUGUUUUUUUUCUUUCUUUCCUUGCAGCAGGAGCAGCAGCAGCUCAGUCCAGCAGCAGAAAAUCAAAAGACAGCAACUUUCCAAUCUCUCCUCUGAACUUUGACUGUAGGAAAACAUCCGGGUUCUGACCAUGUGACCACAGCUCACUCACAUGACAGGAGGCUGCUCGAGCCAGCAUUUUUACAGCUCAUUCAAAUCUGUGAAUGUGAGUUUAAAAACACACAUUAACAUGGUUUUAAGGACUGUCAUGGAGAUAUAACCCUUAACAAUGAGCAGUGGUUUAGUCUGUUGCUGUUUUGGGCAAAUGCGGGCCUGAGCAGAAGAGAGAUGCCAAAUAGGAACUCUACUGGAUGCAUUUGGUGUCAUCCAGUUUCCAAAUCGACCUGGUUCAAUCCCAGCGACACAGUUACACACACUGCAACUUUUUCAGGAAGAAAUCAAUACAUCUAUGGGCGUUUGCAGCAAAGUCAAAGAUCACUACAAGCUUUAAAAAGACACAAACUGGAGCUAGAUAGAGAAGAUUCACAGCAUGAAGAAGAAGACUCUCACAUUUACAGGAAAUGUCUCGAGUGGAAAACUAUAUUAACGUGUUAGAUGAUGAAAAGCUUGUGUAAAAAUCAACAUUUAACUGUUUUUUCGUCGUUUAAAGGAGCUAAAUGUUACCUUUGCAAAGUUUUGGCUCAAAGCGCCUCAUUAGCUCUCUCUCGGCUGACGUUAGCUAAGCUUUCUUUCCUCUAAUACCUCUGAGGUAAAAACAAAACCUCCCCCCCGACACAUACCGAGCUCAUAAAGAGGUCCUCCCCGUCGUCCUCAUCACUAUCUCGGCCUCCCACUUCUUCAGUGUCCAGCACAUCUUGGUCCUCGGAGUCCGGGAACGGAGGAGGACUGCGCUCGGAGCUGGUCGCCAUCUUCCUCAAAUCUUUUUCUUUUUUUUUUUUAUUUAUUAUUAUUAGAGGAAACGUCAACGGCUUCCCGCAAACGGACACACUACCCCAGCUAACCGAGGAAAAGCAGUGCAGCUCACUGUGAAUGUAGUGGUGGUGGUUCCGCUCAGGAUUGAGGACAAACAAGACUCUGCUAACUGACCCGGAGGGGGGGAGACGCUCGAGGCGUGUGUAACAAACCAACCGCCGCCGUUCGCUGCUGCUGUUCGCUGCUUCUCUUCACUUCCUGGUCCUCCUCCUUCUUUCCAGGUUAGCUUCAACCGGUAGUUAGCUUAGCAGGAAGGCUGGGCAGUCAUGAGACACAUCCAGCGGAGGAGACACUGACAGGAACCUGGAACCAGAGAGUCUUCCUGAAGCUUCAGUAAGAGUCUGUGAGUCAAAGCGGACUGUUUUUUAGGAGGGGGGAUGUCUCGAGACGCUGGGGCGAGGGAGCCUCUCCUCGUCCGUUACCCCGAGGAGUCGGAGGUGGACUCGGAUGAAGGUAAAACACUUUUUAAUUAACUGUUUAAUUUGACAACAACAAACACAGAAAGCUGUAGACAUCCUAUCUCAAUAUUUAUGAGUCAAAAUUAGCCGUUUUCUGUUUAACACCAUCACUAUCGCCGGGUGAUUUUUACCUGAAAUAAUAGGGGAGGGUGGGGUAAGAUGAGCCGUUUUUCAUAUUUUGGAUCACUACAUCAAGGCAAUCAUAGUUUUGUCUCUAACUAGCGUAUCUGCAUACAUUUCAAGGUGUUGUGCAUCCCUGAAAACCAGCAGAAUGAGUGUAAACAUAACUGUCUUGAUAAUAUAGCAUGCCAAAACAGUGGUCUCCUAUGGUCAACUUACCCCGUGUAUGGGGUAAGUUGACCAUAGGAGCGGGGUAAGUUGAGCUAUUUUUCAUAUUGCGGAUCACUACAUCAAGGCAAUCAUAGUUUUUCUUCAUGUUGUUCCUCCCUGCAAACCAACAGAAUGAGUGUAAACACAACUGUCUUGAUAAUAUAGAAUGCCAAAAAAAGUGGUCUCCUAUGGUCAACUUACCCAGCCGCUGACAUAUUUGCACUAUUGUGUCCACAUCAGGACUGCCAUACUGUUUGCAUUCACUUUCUUCCACUCACCUUCCUCCUUAUAUUUUUACUGUUAUAUUGUUUAUAACACAGGUGUCAAACUCAAGGCCCGGGGGAGACCGGGGCUUGUUGUCACACUUUUUACACUCUUAUUUAUUUCUUUGAAUCAAUACAUCAUAUAUAUACACAAAAUGUGUACCAGAUGAAAGACCAACGUUUUAGGUAUAUAUUUCGUAUUCAUGUCAUUUUCAUAUCAUGUGUCAGUGCAGAGUUAUAAACAAUCAAAUAGAGAGUGUGAACAUGUGACAUGUUGUCCCACCAUCGGUUAAGUUGUCUCACUACAUGGGGUAAGAUGUCAAAAUGACUGAGACAUGUUGCCCCAAACUACCAUGUUUGCUAAUCUUAUCUCUAGCUUUAAGUUAGUUUAAAACAGAACAAUGACUGAGGUAUAACAGGAUGUCUUAAUCUCUCCUCUAACACGUCCACAUGUUUCACUGCUAUGAUUUUUAUCUGGAAGAAGCUUGUUUUAAAAUAUAUAAAGUUGAAAAAAAAUUACUUUCGAUUGUGCGAAAUGGUUAAUUGGCGCUCAUCUCAGCUCACAAUGUUCUCUUCUCUUAUCAGACACGACCCCUGACCAUGUAAAGAAAGAAAACUAGUAUUCCACUUUUUAGUUGCGCCCUCAAAGAUAAUUGCAAUGUGACAUCUUACCCAUGUGACAACAAGCACUGGUCUCCCCUACUAUUAUUCUUUCCUCUUGUGGACCAAAUAUGAGGAACAUCUCUAGAGAUAAUACACUAUUGUUCACCUCCAUCCACUGUUUAUCUAAAGAGGAACUGCAUUUUCCACCUGUCAUUUCAGGUUUUAAUCAGACGUGACAAAACACACAAAUUACAGUUAUCAAUAUUGAAGUAUAAUUUUGGUUUGUUGACAUGACCUGCUUCCACUUUGUCUCCUUCAUACUUCUACUGUACAUGCAGAAGUGGAUACUUCACUCUUUUAUCACAUUGCUAACACAACAUUAUUAAUUAAAAAUGCAAUUUUUAAUUUGUGGUAUGUGUUUGUUCUUGCUGAACCAGAUAACAAUAAAAUACCAUUUGUAAUAUGAUGUUUAACAGCACACAAUCACAUUUACUCCUGUAGUAUUGUUCACAGAUAAUACAGUUCAUAAAUAUUAAAUUUUGGUAAAUUUCAGGCUAAUCCUUCAGUCACCAUAGUUUGAUCAUGCACAACAAAUAAACAAAUGCUAAAACUCAAGUCAACUUUAUAAAUUUUCUAGGGUAUAUGCACAAAGUACGUUGCAAUAUAAGGAAAAACUGUUUAUUGAAGAUUUUGUGAAGCUCUUAAUCAGGGUACAGGAUUACAUCAGAGAGCAGGACCUGGUGUGAAGUGUUGUGGUGCAACAGCUUUUAAUGGAUCAACCUCAAAGUAACUCACUCUGAUCAAAACACUGUUUGUGACUCGACAUGCGUGAAUAAAAGAAGACUCAGCAUCGUAAAAAUCUCGUAUCUUGAAUUUAUGUCACAUACAAGCUGUUUAUGUGUGGGUUUUUUUCUGCUUUCAGGUGUCAUUAUUUUUGACAGGAGCACAAACAGCAAACAAGAUGGAAGUGUGGAUACGCAAGUGAGAUUAACAUAUGAACAAGCAGUGGACAAAGCAGGUAGUGUUCUGCUGAUUAUCACAAUGAUGAUGAAGUUACUCUAUAUCUGUCUCAUUACUUGAUUUAUGAAAGCUUCCUUUUGUCUUCAUUAAUCGUUUCUUUGCUGUGUUGUCGCUCACAGGUUUUGGAGUGUUCCAUUAUGCUUUAUUGGUGGUGUGCGGUUGGGCCAACGCCAGCGACGCCGUGGAGAUUCUCUGUGUGUCUUUUCUGCUGCCCACAGCGCGCUGUGAUAUGCAGCUCACCUCCUCAGACAUGGGCCUGUUGACCGCCAGCAUUUUCCUCGGUGAUUAACACAUUUUUGAUAAAUGAGUCAUCAUGAUCGGCGAUUUACUUUCAGGAAACGCAGCAGGUACCUCAAGCAAAAACUAGAGUCUUGUUGGUUUUACUUCCUGUUUACUAGGAAUGAUGUUGGGCGGAUACAUGUGGGGGUACCUGGCUGAUAAAAAGGGGCGCCGCCAGGUUUUGAUCCUGUCCCUGACAGUGAACGGGCUGUUUGGAGGUCUGUCCAGCGUGGCUCCAUGGUUCUCAACCUUCCUGGUGAUGCGGUUCAUCAGUGGCAUUGGGUGAGGAGAGGACUUUUGCACUUCUUAAAAUGUACUUAAUGAGCAGCAGCUGGUCAAACACUGAAUUAAGGGAUCAUACUUUAGUUUUGAGGUUUUAUCUCUACAACACGGACAUGGUCCUUCAUGAGGGAAAGUGUGCAGAAAAAUCUCAAGAGUUAAAUGACAUCAAAAGUUUCACUCUGAGCAAAAAGUCCAGAUUAUUCUUUCAGAUUGCAUCACAUUUGACGAAUUACUCCUUUAGAGUGAAUUUUCAUGAUAGAUCUGUUUUCUCUCUCUCUCUCUCUCUCUGCAGAGUCGGCGGCUCAAUACCGGUCAUCUUCUCCUACUUCUCGGAGUUUAUGCCCAGAUUGAAAAGAGGCACGAUGAUCAGCGCACUCGCCACCUUCUGGAUGGCAGGAAACAUUAUCGCUGCAGGUGGGGAACUUAUCUGUCUGCUGUUUAUCAUCAGGAUUGCAGGAGAAAACUGUAUGUGUUGAAGUAUUUGUAUGUUUGUUUCCACAGGUCUGGCCUGGUUGGUGAUUCCAAGAAACUGGACGGGUCUGUUGGGAUCGUGGAACUUUCAGAGCUGGAGACUUUUUGUGGUGCUCUGCUCCGUCCCCAGCCUCACCUCGGCCCUCUUUUUUGCGCUGUUGCUGCCUGAGAGCCCAAAGUUCCUCAUGGAGGUAAUUAUAGGCCGGACCGCCGCUUUGAGUGUUUCACAGCCAGCUAUUUCACUCUGAGCCGCCGCUGAGAUUUGUGCUCUGUGUCUGCCAGGCUGGCCGGGAGAAAGAGGCGCUCCGUGUCUUCAAAAAGAUGUUUCAGAUGAACAUGCGGGGGAAAGAAAAGGAUUUCAUGGUAUGAAUUUGAUCAGAAACAUCAGAGGUUCAUCAUGAAUAAAUGUUUAGGAUAGGAAAAUAAUUCAUGUGUGGUCCAUUGAAGUUCUCCUAGCUCUGGAUUUGUUCCUUUUUUGGCUAAUCAUGUACUUGUAAUGGAAAAAACUCUCAUCUGAAACUCUUUUAAAGGUUCUUGGUUUGUGUGUCAACCCGAAGAAGGAUCUGGAAGAGAGCAGGAUUCUGGGCAAAGGAGGACUGGUCUGGGCUUUCAAAAAGGUAACACCACAUAAUCUGAUGGAUAGAGAAACAGAGCCAGAGAACAGCUGCAGAAAUGUGUGAACGGCCACUUGUCUAGUUCAGAUUUAUAUGUAAGGAAGAAUGUAUAGUGAAUUGGUGGUUAUGCAGAUUAGAAUCCAGACAAAGAGGGGGACUUAUGAGUAGAUCCCACUUCACAAAGCCAGGUUUUAUUAGUUAUCUUCAUAUUUUAAAGCCACUAUAACUGUGAGGUCAAAAACCUGAUAUAGUGACAGCCCUGAUGUUGAUCAUUUCCCAUCUGAGGCGAUUAAAGGCUUCAGUGAAACACUCAAACAUGCCAAAAUCAGCAUGUUUGGAUUAACCCAGUAUUGGGCCAAAAUCAAGACUUUGCUCCUGAGCCCGUGUUAAGCUUGUCACUCCCCCUUCUUAUCCUGUGUGAACAGUUUCUCAAUGCUGUAAUAUUACCAUUAGCCAAGAUUAAGACUUAUGUUAUUUGUUAGUAAAAUACGUAUGUGCCUAAUGUAAUCUCGAGUGGAAGUCUUGAAACUUUUAGAAAUGGUCUAAAAACUGAAGGUAGUCAGUGUGUCAGCAUAGAUACAGAAAAGACACACAUGAGAAUAAAGGAAGUGUUGAUUCUGCGUGGUAGAUGAUCUAAUCUGUUACUGAAGUUUAUUAAUUCUGUGGUCGAUUUGAGGAUUAUGCAACAUAUAAGUCUGAAACCAAAAAGUAAACAAGUUUGUUUUGAUUGUAGUUUAGAUAGAAAAAGGAAACAGGACCUCUAUGGAGUAAUGACAGUUGUGGUUCAGUUCAUUUGUUUCCUCUUCCUUUUAGAAACUGAAUUAUUUUGAAAUCCAGUCUUGUGAAAAAGUCAAUUACAAAUAUCUAAUUUAGAGAUGGAUGAUGUGUACAGAUAAGAGACUUUCAAACCUCCUAUCACUAAGAACUGUGAGCCCCAUCUAGUGUAAUAAAUUCAACUUUUAUCAACAAUGAAUAAUUAUGUUUUUAUUUAUAGUAUUUUUAAACUCAUGCAGGAUUAACAUGUUUGGUUUGACCCGCAGGCCUUGAUGCCCAUCAGACUGAUGUUUCAGGGUUCUCUCAGAGGCCGGAGUCUUGUUCUCUACGUCGUUUUCUUCAGCAUCUCCUUUGGGUGAGAAAUCACACAUGCAUGCUCUACUUUCAGAAGUGAUACUGCUGUUGGAGAGGCUAUAGAGGGUAAAAGUUCACGCUUUGAGUGGCAGUGAGAGAUAACUGUUAAAGUUAUCUGCAGCAAACAGAGGUCAUGUGACAUUACUGGGAAAAAAACUGCCAUGAAAAGUGUUAAACUUGUUUGAUAUGCGUUUGCCUGAAUUAUCACAGGGUUUCAUCGUACAGUUGAACGUGUUUUAACUUUUACUGUAAUGCCCCUUUAAUAUGUGUGUAUAUGUGUGUGUGUUUAAAGCUACUACGGACUGUGGAUGUGGUUCCCAGAACUCUUUGCCAAGCUUGAGACAGACGGUGCGCCCUGCGCAAACGCAACAAAACCACAACCUCUGGUUAACCUAACCUGCUACCCGGUGAAGACAGCAGGUGUGUUUCUGAGGGGACAAAGAAAAUAUGGUCUUUUUCUGUCAGUCUGCAAACAGAGAGCUAGACCUGAACCACAACACUUGAAUAAUCCUCAUGCACUCUAAUAUCUUUAUAGUCUCUUUAUAUUAAUGAAUAGAUUUAUGAUUUAAGAGGAUAAAGGGGCCACAUCUGCAAAAGUACUGUGCAGCCUUUGGACUGUUCACAUACAUUUGAAGUUAGCUUCGACGUAACUAUCAUAAUAUUUAUCAAAGGUUUAAUCAGUUUUGGGUUUUAACCCUUUGUGCACAUUGAUGGAUGUGGGCAGGUUCAAAAGAUGAAGACGCUGACAGCUCACCUUCAUCAUCAGAUGAAAAACAGAAGCAAACUGCACCCUUCUGCAAAUCCAUGAGCGUUCUUGCGUUUGAGUAUUAUUCGAGAAGUAUGCUUUGAGUCGAACCCGGAGACGGGACAGAGAGCUUAAAUUUGAUCAAAGUUUUCUUCCAGUUUGCAGUUGCAUUUUCUAUAUCUAAUAGCAUUAAAUAUUACAUCACUGUGAGCUUUGUGACCUGUGUGCAAUCUUUGUUUAAGGGGUCUGUAAUCUUUUAAUCAUUUUCAAAAACACUUAUAUAAGGUGUUCAGAUUUGAUAUGAAAAAUUAGUUGAACACCUGAUAAGUCUUACAGUGCAAUUUGAAGACAGCUGAGUUUGUAAACAGCAGAGCAGUAACCCUAAUAUGUGUGUGUGUCUCUGUCCUGUCAGUGUACAUGGAGGGCUUCAUCAUCGCUGCCUCAAACUUACCGGGGAACAUCUUCACCAUCCUGAUGAUGGACAGCAUAGGAGGAAAAGUUCUGCUCUGUGAGUCAAACCAGAUAUUUAUUCAAUCUGUAGAAGUUUAAGGUCCGUUUUUAAAGUGAAGCUGUGACUCCAAUUCCACAAAAGUUUGGGUUAGUGUGUAAAAUGCAGAUUAAAGCUUAAACCAUGAGGUGCCUGUUCACGUUGAAAUCCUGAACCUCUCCCCGUCUUUGUUUCAUCUCCAGCCUGCAGCCUGCUGGUGUCCAGUCUGAGCGUCUUCCUCAUCUAUGAAGUGCGGACUAAGUACCAGAGUCUGAUCCUGUCCUGCGUCUUCAGCGGCGUGUCGGUGAUCGCCUGGAACGCCCUGGACGUGGUGGGAACCGAGCUCUACCCGACACAGCUACGGUACCUUUUCCUCAAACUCACCGGGGUCCAAACAACAAGCUUUAUGGAUUUUCUGCUUUUUUUUCUUAAAGAGACUCUUUGUGUUUCUGUUUUUCCUUUCAGCUCCUCCGCUCUCGGCUUCUUCACGGGCGUGGGAAGGGUGGCGUCGAUUAUGGGGAACGUAAUAUUUGGAAACCUGAUGGACACGGACUGCUCCGUGCCGAUCCUGCUGGUGUCUGGGGUCCUGCUAGCCGGAGGAAUUGUGGCUCUGCUGCUUCCACAAACCAAACACACCGAGCUCACCUGAUGACCCAGACUCUGAAUCAGAUUAAAUAAGAUGGAUAAAUUAUGAGCGAUCAUGGAAGCAGACUGGAAGACUGCUGCCUUCAUGACUCCCAGCUGUGCCUUCUGCCGUCUCCUUGUGCCUUUUGAUGGCGCCUCUUUAAAGGCAGUCGGCUUUUUCCAGCUUUAACUUAUUAUCCAGGAGAGUCAGGGGAAGAGAGAAUGCACUACUUAAUCCUACCUUUUCUACGUGUUGAGCUUGUAGGGAUGAAACACCUCAGCAGGCUGAGUCAAAGUGCAGUCGAACAUGACUAAUGAUGUGUAUUCAGUGAUUAGAUCAGGGGGCCGAUGUGCGCCUUAGUUCGGAAACCAAAAUCAUUCCUCAAAUUUUGUUUACAUUAUGGUUUUCUUUGUAUCUUUUUUCAACAUCGUUUUCAACAUUGAUCCAUUUUGUGUUUUCUAUCACAAUCAGCAGAUUUACUGUUUUUGUCGUCACAACAUUUCCAAAAGCUUUAAGUGUGUUCUGUUAAUCAGCGGUCCAAACCGCAACAGUCAUAUAGGAACAAUGAAAUCAGACCACCUCUUUCUUUAAAGAGCUUGAACCUGGGGUCGACAUUAUGAAACAUAAUCUCGAUAAUUAAAGCUCCUUAUUAUUAAACUUACUAGCCCGCAUGUUGAGAGUUAUAAACAAGCGCCAGAUUAAUAAAACGGAAAGUAUGUGCACAUCUAUGCUAAAGAAAAACAAUCAUUUAUACGACCAGACUGAGCCGCUCUGUGCCUAAGCUGCCUUUCUCCUCCUUUAACUGGUUUUGCACCAGUCCACCAUUCCAGACCGAAGACUUUUUGAUCACAGUCGUUGAAUAUUUACUGAUUACCGACUGGAUAUGACGGACAAAUCUUUAUAAAAGCUCAUAGAGAGGCUCAUAUUCUCAGAGAGCAAGUGAAGCUGAUGCAACUAAAAAGAGAUUUGUGAAUAGUGUAGCUGCUGUGUAAAGUAUGAAAAGCUUUUUUCUCUUUUUUUAAAUUAAACUCUACCUUUAUAAACCGUGG